GGCAUCAGCCGGCAACUCUACAUCCUCCCACCUCCCCAUUCACUGUCGUCUCCCGGCAUGCACUGCUUUGCGUACUUUGCUAUUAGCUUUAGUGGUACGAGCGCGCCUCCGUAGCCCCUGGGAAGCCGUGUCGUCCAACCCGUUUCGCUUAUAGUUGGAGGAAGAGAAAGGAGAAAAUCGGGUUACAAGAUGGCGGGCGUGUGAUUUACCGACGGAGCGGGAGAGGAGGCGCGGAGAACGAGUGGGGAAAGCGGCGAAGAGAACCAGACCCCACAGCAGGCUUUUCAUUUGUGACGUUCUCCUUCCUGCCUCUUUGCGUCCCUCAGAGGAUGCUUUGCGGCGGGAGCUCCCCGUUGUAGUGUCCGGUGACAGGACGGCGAAAAGGAGCGCACCGGUGUGUUUGAGGGAAGGAUAAGCGAAGCCCCGUAGGGGCGGAAACGGCGACAUUAUGUCGGACACCAGACGCCGCGUGAAGGUCUACACUCUGAACGAAGACCGCCAGUGGGACGACAGGGGCACCGGGCACGUCUCUUCCACUUACGUAGACCGACUGAAGGGAAUGUCUCUGCUGGUUCGGGCAGAGUCCGACGGUUCGUUGCUUUUAGAAUCCAAGAUUAAUCCAAAUACUGCAUAUCAGAAGCAGCAGGAUACUCUGAUAGUUUGGUCUGAAGCAGAAAACUAUGACUUGGCUCUCAGUUUUCAAGAAAAGGCUGGCUGUGAUGAAAUCUGGGAAAAGAUAUGCCAGGUUCAAGGUAAGGACCCAUCUGUAGACGUCACACAGGAUCCUAUUGAUGAGUCUGAAGAAGAACGUUUUGAGGAGAUGCCUGAAACCAGUAACUUAAUCGAUCUUCCUACAUGUGAACUCGGUAAACUUGAAGAGAUUGCUGACCUAGUUACCUCCGUACUCUCCUCGCCCAUUCGUAGAGAAAAGCUAGCACUAGUCUUGGAAAAUGAGGGCUACAUCAAAAAACUGUUGCAACUCUUCCAAACCUGUGAAAACUUGGAUAAUACGGAAGGCUUGCACCAUUUAUAUGAAAUAAUAAGAGGAAUUCUAUUUCUCAAUAAAGCCGCGUUAUUUGAGGUGAUGUUUUCGGACGAGUGCAUUAUGGAUGUUGUAGGCUGCCUAGAGUAUGACCCAGCUUUGGCUCAGCCAAAGAGACAUCGGGAAUUCUUGACCAAAACUGCAAAGUUUAAGGAGGUUAUACCCAUUACAGACUCUGAACUUAGGCAAAAGAUCCACCAAACCUACAGGGUACAGUACAUUCAGGAUGUUAUCUUACCUACCCCAUCUGUCUUCGAGGAAAAUUUUCUUUCUACGCUCACUUCUUUUAUUUUCUUCAACAAAGUAGAAAUUGUCAGCAUGUUACAGGAAGAUGAAAAAUUCCUCUCUGAAGUGUUUGCACAGUUAACCGAUGAAGCUACAGAUGAUGAUAAAAGACGUGAACUGGUGAAUUUUUUUAAGGAGUUUUGUGCAUUUUCCCAGACGUUACAACCUCAGAAUAGAGAUGCAUUUUUCAAAACCUUAGCAAAUUUAGGAAUUCUUCCUGCCCUGGAAAUAGUCAUGGGCAUGGACGAUUUGCAAGUAAGAGCAGCUGCAACGGAUAUAUUUUCUUAUCUAGUAGAGUUUAGUCCAUCUAUGGUCCGAGAAUUUGUCAUGCAAGAAGCCCAACAGAGCGACGAUGACAUUCUUCUCAUUAACGUUGUCAUCGAGCAGAUGAUUUGUGACAGUGACCCAGAGCUUGGAGGGGCUGUUCAGCUAAUGGGACUCCUUCGGACUCUGAUAGACCCCGAGAACAUGUUGGCAACAGCUAAUGUGCAGGUUAAUAGAAGCCACACUCUGUAUGGGGGUAACGGUAGUUUAAGGAAAACGGAGAAAAGUGAAUUUUUGAACUUCUUUUAUAACCAUUGUAUGCACGUGCUUACUGCUCCUCUCCUGGCCAACACAGCUGAAGAUAAGCUGGAGAAAGAUGCAGUUCUUGGCUCUAUCAAGACUAGCACAGUUUGUCCGGAUAAUUUCCAGACUGCCCAGCUGCUUGCCUUAAUUUUAGAAUUACUUACAUUUUGUGUGGAGCAUCACACCUAUCACAUCAAAAACUACAUUAUGAACAAGGAUUUGCUGCGGAGGGUGUUAAUUCUAAUGAACUCGAAGCAUACCUUUCUAGCUCUUUGUGCUUUACGUUUUAUGAGAAGGAUAAUUGGCUUGAAGGAUGAGUUUUACAACCGGUAUAUCAUAAAGGGGAACCUCUUUGAGCCAGUUAUUCAUGCACUUCUGGAUAAUGGAACAAGAUACAAUCUCCUAAAUUCUGCCAUAAUUGAACUGUUUGAAUUUAUACGAGUGGAAGAUAUCAAGUCUUUAACAUCACACAUAGUAGAAAAUUUUUAUAAAGCACUUGAAUCCAUUGAAUAUGUUCAAACAUUUAAAGGACUGAAAACUAGAUAUGAACAAGAAAAGGAUCGUCAAAGUCAAAAGUUAAGCAGUGUACCAUCUAUAUUGCGCAGUAACCGAUUUCGAAGAGAUGCAAGAGCACUGGAGGAUGACGAGGAAUUGUGGUUUAAUGAAGACGAUGAAGAGGAAGGGGAAGCGGUUGUACCCCCUGUGGAAAAAACGAAACCAGAGGAUGACUUUCCUGAAGGUUAUGAAAAAUUUCUGGAAACUAAAAAAGCUAAAGAGCUUGAAGAUAAAGAAAAUCUUCCAAAGAGGACAUCCGUCGGAGGGUUUAAAUUCACCUUCUCUCACUCAGUUAGUGCAGCUAAUGGGGCAAAUAGUACAAACAGCAAGUCUGUGGCAGCUCACACACCACCAGCAACUUCUAAUGGAUCUUCCUCCAAAAAUACAAGCUUGACUACCACAGUGGCAUCUACUAAGGGGAGUCUCAUCGGCCUAGUGGAUUAUCCAGAUGAUGAAGACGAAGAAGAGGAGGAAGACACAUCCCCUAGAAAAAGACCUCGUCUUGGUUCAUAAAACGAAGCUGACAGAUAUUGUGUGGGGAUUCUUCAAUGACGCAACUGAUGUUCAUAAGCUUAGUGAAUCAGCUCCCCCUCUUGAAACCGUGUGGACAUAGCCAAACAGCUGUGGCAGAGCGAUAGCGCCAAGCUUCCAUGGAACCUUUCUAGUAUUUCAGGGUGGGUUAGCUACGACUACAACCUACAACAGCUUGAAUGCAACACGCAUCUUGUGUUUGAGAAGGGGGCAAAGUGGAACAUUUAUACUAAAAUGCAAUGUUGCAGGUUUGCCCAAAGAUGUAAGUCCUCUCCCGAAAUAAAAGCAAGACGCUUUCAGUUGCACACCCAGUAAUCUUUCAUUUUUUUUUUUUUUUUUUUUUAAAUGGUGCUGGCCAUAGUCUUUUAUCAAUUGCCUAUUUUUAAUGUCCGUUGAAGGGAAACAAAAUCCGUUAUUAAAGAAAUGAAACCUUUAGGAUACAGCCUCGGGACCAUUCUUUGUAAAUGUAACACCAAGUCUCCCAUAGUUUGGGUGGGAAGGUAGCCAAAGCAGCAUUGUAGUGCAUGUUCAAUUUUAAAAUCUAAAAAAGAAAAAAAACGAAAAAAAAAAAACCUUUUCAGUGUGUAUUUUACUAAAAAAACAACAAAAGCUGAAGUCAAAAUGGACAGUUUUGUUCCAAGCAGCCCGUCCUGUGUCCGGCACUUCCAGAAAUAACUGCCGCCAAGGAUCAGUAGCUUCCAAAACCCGCGUCUGGAAUCCCUCCGGCGACCUCUAAACCAGUGCCUCGAUCUCUCGCAGUGUUAGACCCAAACCCAUUUGUUUGUCAUUGCACUCGGCUUCCUUGGUGUGACCCACAUACUCGACGGAGAACUAUAUAUACCAAAGGGUUAACGUCAGGAAAAUACAAGUUUUGCAAUAUGAUUCAAAAUUUUUCUGGCUUAAAAGUCCAUGAAUUUGAGACAGUCCGUAUAUGCAGCUCCAUAAAUCUGUGCAAUCGGAACGCUAAUUUUUCUGAAACGCUUUUUCUAGAUCCUGAUUGACUGCACAUUCCAUGGAUGUAAAUGCAUUGCGCAACAAACACACACAUCAGUGGAGCCAGAUGCUCAUUUUUGAAAAGCAAAAACAAACCGCGUUUCACCAACUGUAAAUAUUUUAAUAUUCACCCAUAUAUGAUCUGCGAUCAUCCUCAAUAAGAACCCCCCUUCCCCGAGCCAUUCUCCCCCUUAUCCUGAUUUCCUGUUUUAAGAGAUCUUAUACCAGCUGCAAUCUUCCACAUCAGUUACCCCUUUUCCCUAUGUUCUGGGUUUAUUGCUCCUGGAAAUAGUUUUCAUUAAUUUUUCCCAGUUUUUGGAGAUUUUUUUUUUUUUUUUGUAGUUUCAAUUUGAUUUUAGCGAUUUGGAAAGAUGGGCUGUCUGUGUAGAUAUGAAGUAUAGGUUUUUUUUCCAUAAAACAGAAAUUUAUUUUGUAUGAAAUACCACUGUACUUGUUUUCCACCAUUUGUAUACAUGUGGUGAUAUUAUUGAACUGUACAAAUUCAGGAAUUAAAAUGUGACCCUGUAAUUCCAAAAA